CAUGCCUCCACGCCUUUUGGUCUGACGUCAUUCCAUCGCGGGAGUUGGGCGGGACGGCAGGUGACAGAACCCGGAAGUGUUGCUUGCUUUGCUCGGUAUCUGGAGAGAGAAGAGAUCACGGGAUGGACGACACUUUGUUCCAGUUAAAGUUCACAGCCAAGCAGCUUGAAAAGCUGGCAAAGAAGGCAGAAAAGGAUUCCAAUUCAGAAAAUGCCAAAGUGAAAAAGGCGUUGCAGCAGAAGAAUGUGGAAGUUGCUCGUGUGUAUGCCGAAAAUGCAAUCAGGAAGAAGAAUGAGGGUCUGAACUGGCUGCGGAUGGCUUCACGGGUAGACGCUGUUGCCUCUAAAGUACAAACAGCCGUUACUAUGAAAGGUGUGACUAAGAACAUGGCCCAGGUGACUAAGGCUCUGGACAAAGCCCUCGGUUCAAUGGAUCUGCAGAAGGUAUCUGCUGUUAUGGAUAAAUUUGAGCAGCAGGUUCAGAAUCUGGAUGUUCACACAUCAGUAAUGGAGGACUCCAUGGGAUCAGCUAUGACCCUGACCACCCCACAAGAACAGGUGGAUAGUUUGAUUAUGCAAAUUGCAGAGGAGAAUGGUCUAGAAGUGAUGGACCAGAUGAAUCAGCUUCCUGAAGGAGCGUCGUCAGUGGGCGAGAGUUCUACCCGCACGCAAGAAGACCAGCUGUCACGCAGACUGGCUGCACUGAGGAACUGAUGUCUCACUGUUUUCCCUGGUCCUGUCUAAUUUGGGGUAUAACUAGGGUCACUUUAUCACACAUGGCCUUUGCCGAUAAAUCUUGGACUUCAGGAUUGUGCUGCUACUGCGUAGUAGUUUCUCAGCAGUCUCCAAAACUGAAGCCAGUCUGUCCACUCCUAUAUGGUGGCCCCAAUGCAUGGAUUUAAGCCUAGGAUUAGCUUUUCAUAUGGAGGGAUAAUGUAUAAAUAUUCUGUCUCAUUCUUCCUACCUCCCAAACACCUGAUACUGUGCAACAUAAGCCUUGCUGGGAAUGAGGAAAUCUUAGUAAUCAGGAAAGUGAUACCAGAGGAUGUUUAUAACACGUCAGUAAUAGGGGGAUCUCAGAAUUAGCUCUCUAUUAAUAAGUGCUUCUCCUUUAUUAGAGGCUGUAUUGUAUCUGCACAGUUCUCUCUCAUUCUGCUGUCCUUAGUCCCUAUUCUAUGUGUGCCAGAUACGCAGUACAGCAUGUUACAUUCUCCACCCUCAUUCACUCACACAACGUAAAGUCUGUGUGAGCUCCUAAUAACCACAAAUGGAAAUAUCCCUGAGCCAAAAAACUGCAUCCACAUGGACUUGUCUGCUUAUUGCUCUAACCUACUGUGCAGAAUGGGUUAAACAGUUGAUGUUUUGUGCCUGUUAACCUUUAAUAUGCCAGAAGCAAUGCCAUGCUUACUGUAGUAGUUCAUAGGACUGCUAAGCCUUCAUGUCACUAUAGGUAUUUUUACAGUUCAAGUAGAUGUGCCAUGUACUUCAUAAAGAGCAUCUCCUCCUAACAAUUAUAUGAAAAUCACUAGUAAUCAUAGAUCCUCGAGUCAUCCUCUUCUGUCACAUUGUAAAAAAUAUGACAGAGCUAUUCAUUGGAGAUGCAGGGUACUGACUAUCAUGACAACUAUUGUAGAUUGUAACCAGCUUUUCUUGGGCCACGAACAAAAACAAUACCCCUAGAUAUAUAAUAAAUGCUUCAAUAUCCAUGCAUUACAAGCCAAAUUGUUCUAUCAAGGCCGUAGGAAAGCUGGGUAACACUCCUAUGGGAAUUGUGACAAUAUUGAUAAUCGCUCAUAUUUCCAAUUACAGAUAUAACUACACUGGUUCACAAAAGAAGAAAACUCAGGAAUUUAUGUUUCAGGUUGUUUUUCUUCUUUUCAGGGGGAGAUGUUCUAUAAGACAACACUACAAAUGGGCCCCUGAUUGUGUUUUCUUGUUCUUGGUGUCUCGUGCAAACUACUAAAGGUGUUUUACUGGAUUAGAAGAGAUGAUGCCUUCUACCACAUCUGUCUUAAUAGUGCAGCUCAACUCUAUAGGGAUUAGUCUCAAUACCACACACAACCUGUGGACAGGUGUAGCACUGUUUUUGUAAGACAGCAACCAUGCUUUUCUAAUCCUAUACAACCCCUUUAAUAGACUGCUGUUCGCAUCUUUGUAAAGUUACCCUCUAUUGUUUGUGCCACCUAAAACAAAGCCUACAUUUACAUAUCUUAUCACAGCCUUCUUUGUUUUUAGACUUCCCACUUUAAAUUAUAUGCAUUGUUUUCUUUUUACCAAUUUGCCUUUUGUUGAUAAAAUCUCAGUUUCUUGUCUUUUUGGGUGUAAUUUAUCUGUAAAAAGAUGUUUGUAUUUACGUUUCAAAAUAAAUUCUGGUAAUUCUUAA